AUGCUCAGUCAGGGUAACAAAAAAAAAAAAGUCACCACCAUAAAAGGAUGUGUGCAUCGUCUCUCUUAAAACAACAUGCCAAGGUUAGCAUAUCUCAGUGUGGGCAGACACUGACGGCUACUGCACACAAGCCCCAAGAAGCCACGGAGAUACAUCUCGACCAUCCCACCACUGGAUAUAAAAAUGACAAACAACUUUACUACCCUCUCAGUACCUCCUCAGGGCAAUGACUGUGACCUGUAUGCCCACCACAGCACAGCCAGUGUGUUGAUGCCUCUGCAUUACAGCCUGGUCUUUGUGGUUGGGCUGGUGGGAAACUUGCUGGCCUUGGUCGUCAUUGUUCAAAACAGGAAAAAAAUCAACUCUACUACUCUCUAUUCUACAAAUUUGGUGAUUUCUGAUAUACUUUUCACGACUGCUUUGCCGACACGGAUAGCCUACUAUGCACUGGGCUUUGACUGGAGAAUUGGUGACGCCUUGUGUCGGAUCACUGCUCUCGCGUUUUAUAUCAACACGUACGCGGGUGUGAACUUCAUGACCUGCCUGAGCAUCGACCGCUUCUUUGCUGUGGUGCACCCUCUGCGCUACAACAAGAUAAAAAGAGUUGAACAUGCAAAGGGUGUCUGUGUAUUUGUCUGGAUUCUAGUCUUUGCUCAAACCCUCCCAUUACUCAUCAACCCUAUGUCAAAGCAUGAGCCAGAAAGGACAACAUGCAUGGAAUAUCCAAACUUUGAAGAAACGAAACAUCUGCCCUGGAUUCUGCUGGCUGCCUGUCUUAUAGGCUAUGUGCUUCCACUGGUGAUCAUCCUCAUCUGCUAUACUCAAAUCUGCUGCAAACUCUUUAAAACUGCCAAACAGAACCCGCUCACAGAGAAAUCUGGGGUAAACAGAAAGGCUCUCAACACCAUUAUCUUCAUUAUUGUUGUGUUUGUUCUCUGCUUCACACCUUACCAUGUUGCAAUUAUCCAGCACAUGAUUAAAAAGCUCCUUUUGCCUGAUCCCCUGGAAUGCAGCCAACAGCACUCAUUUCAGAUUUCUCUGCACUUUACAGUAUGCCUGAUGAACUUCAAUUGCUGCAUGGACCCUUUUAUCUAUUUCUUCGCGUGUAAAGGUUACAAGAGAAAAGUGAUGAAGAUGUUGAGACGUCAAGUCAGUGUAUCAAUUUCCAGUGCUGUCAAGUCAGCCCCUGAUGAAAAUUCUCGUGAAAUGACAGAAUCACAGAUGAUGAUACAUUCCAAGUCUUCAAAUGGGAAGUAGAAAAGAUUUCAUUCUGGAUUUACAGCAAAGUAAGCUGAAAGAUGAACUUUGCUAGACUUGUACGAAGCAAAGUGAUCAUUUGCUUCCCAAUAAGGAUUCUUUUGAAUUCUUCUCAUUGGGAACUGUUUCUCACCUCCAACUUGAGAGUGAACUGAUACAUUAGCAUACAUGUGUACGUAAGGACAUGUAUGUGAUGCAUAUAUCAGCUGGCAAGAAAACGUAAUGCAAAGUUCUAAUCUGUAAAUGCAAUCGUAUGCCAAAAGGGAGGUCACCUUAAUAGCUAUCAAGGUAAAAAGAAAUUUCAUGCCAACAAAAAUUAAAUCAUUAUUAUUCCUUGCCAAUAACUUGGCAAAAGAAAAAAGACUAACUAGAUUGUACAUUGCUGGUGUAAAAAUGUUAAUAUUGUAAAAUAGUUUUGAUAAAAUUUCUUAAAUCCAUGUUCCUUAAGAUUUCAGAUAUUAUUUCCUCAACACCAUCAGUUGUUUUUAUUCUAUUCUGCGUCGUAACUCUGUUGCAAAGCACUCUUUUGGAAUAACAAACAGGAUGGGAUAUGAUGCCGAGAACACCCCACAAUGCUCCCUGUCAACUCUAAACAGCAUUGCCAGGGGAAUUUUGCUACCCAGCAGCAGAGAGCUUCAGCUCAAGGAGGUCAGGAAAGCCCUUAGCUUGUCUCCUGACAGCACGGUAAGGACCACUGCUCGGGAGUGUGACAAGGACUUCUGAAUGCAGCCACAUGCGAGGAAGGCUCCCAGUGAUACACUCUGCUUGGGAAUAAAGUAUGACUAGAGGUUUGAUUGUCUCUGGAGUUCAAGGGGAUCAUUUCUUAUUUAUUUCAGGUUGCUAGUGUCUUGUAUCACACUGAUACAGUAUGGGUCAGUAAUUUGGGUUACUGGAAAGCAUGGAAAGGGUUUAUGAGCCAUAAGCAAUACGGCUGCUGCUUGACUGAAUAAAACAAGCAAUAAAAUGGAAAAUUAUAA